CAGUAGGUUAACAGGACAAAAGUUGAAGCCAGUCUUACUGUUGUCGGAGACGAUGAGGAUGUUUCAUGUACUGUGUGCCGUGUUCACUGUCAUUCUCCUAGCGAGAGGUUGUGAUGCACAGCUUUCAGUAUGUGGCAGGCCUACAUUAUCCACUAAAAUAGUAGGAGGACAGAGUGCUACAUCUGGUGCUUGGCCGUGGCAGGUCAGUCUUCACAGUACCUAUCAUUUCUGUGGUGGAUCACUCAUCAACAAUGAAUGGGUCCUGACAGCGGCUCACUGCUUUUCCAGUACUUCAACUGCAUCCCUGACUGUGCUACUGGGCCUACAGACACAGUCAGGAUCAAAUCCAAAUUCGGUCAGCCGUACGGUCUCUGAAAUCAUAAAGCAUCCAAACUACAACAGCAACACUAAUGACAAUGACCUCACUCUUCUGCAUCUGUCUUCACCUGUGGUUUUUACUGACUAUAUAAAACCGGUCUGCCUGGCCGCAGAAGGCAGCACAUUCUACAGCGGGACAUCAAGCUGGGUCACCGGAUGGGGAGAUAUUGGCGUUGGUGUUCCUCUGCCUUCACCACAAACUCUUCAGGAAGUAAAUGUGCCUGUCAUUGGAAACAGAAAGUGCAACUGCCUUUAUAACAAUGAUAUCACAAACAACAUGAUCUGUGCUGGACUAGCACAAGGGGGGAAAGACUCCUGCCAGGGUGACUCCGGUGGACCAAUGGUAAGCAAACAGAACUCAGUCUGGAUCCAGUCUGGGAUCGUAAGCUUUGGCAUAAGAUGUGCUCAAGCUCAGUUUCCUGGUGUGUAUACCCGAGUUUCUCAGUACCAGAGUUGGAUCAACCAGCAUAUCACCACCAACCAGCCAGGAUUCAUUACGUUCACCUCCGAUGGUACUGACAGUGACCUAAGCGUGAGCUGUGCCGGUGUACCCGCCAUUCAGUCAACUGCUAUGACCCCUGCACCUGUGGUGUGUGGAAUGGCCAAACUGAACACUCUUGUUGGAGGAGAUAACUCACUCGCAUCCUCUGGCACAUGGCCUUGGAUGGCCAGUCUACAAUUUAACGGCAGUCACGUCUGCGGAGGAACGAUGGUUGCCGAGCAGUUUGUCAUGAGCACAGCCAGCUGUUUUUCCAGAUCAACAAAUGCAUCCCUGUGGACUGUGAUCCUGGGCCGUCUGAAUCAGAACAGUUCCAACCCCAAUGAGGUCUCCGUAAAAGUCGCCAACAUCACCAUCAGCAAUUUGACAGGUGACAACAUUGCUGUUGUGCACCUCGCCAGCGCACCAAAACUCUCAAAUUAUAUUCAACCGAUAUGUGUGGACCUCGGAGGUACUACCUUCAAUGUUAAUGCUACAUGCUGGACGGCAGGCUGGGGUUCAGGAUCAGGAGGAGUUACCCAAACCCUUCAACAAAUCCAAACCACUGUUGUGAAUUGUGGGAACUCAUCUUCAAACAGCAGUAUUUGUACAACUGCCAUGAACUUACAGGAGGGUUAUCAGGGUGGUCCUCUGAUGUGUAAGCAAGGUCUGUCAUGGAUCCAGGCUGCUGUUGUGACGAUACAAAGCAACAGCACUAACACAAGCGUCAGUAACUCCGCAGCAGUGAGCCGGAUCUUUCGCGGCCAAGAUAUCCAGGUCUUUACUAAAACCUCAAGCUAUUCAUCAUUCCUGACGGCUGUGGUGGGUUCUUUCCCCCCCAAACAAACAAACAGCACAAGUGCAGCUGUAGGAAGCACCCCGAAUUCCUCCACCAGUGUGUCUCACUUUUCUUUAUGUUUUACAACUGCACUCCUGUUUUUACUUUCAGCGCUGCAGAUCUUUCAUUGUUUUUUACGGGGACAUUUGAAGCCAGUUUUGCAGUUGUCGGAGAUGAUGAGGAUGUUUCACGUACUGAGUGCUGUGUUCGCUGUCACUCUUCUAGCGAGAGGUUGUGAUGCACAACUUUCAGUAUGUGGCAGGCCUACAUUAUCCACUAAAAUAGUAGGAGGACAGAGUGCUACUGCUGGUGCUUGGCCGUGGCAGGUCAGUCUUCACACUACCUAUCAUUUCUGUGGUGGAUCACUCAUUAACAAUGAAUGGGUCCUGACAGCAGCUCACUGCUUUUCCAGUAUUACAGCCACUGGCCUGACUGUGCUCCUGGGUCUACAGACACAGUCAGGAUCAAAACCAAAUUUGGUCAGCCGUACAGUCUCUCGAAUUAUAAAGCAUCCAAACUACACAAGCAACACUAAUGACAAUGACAUCACUCUUUUGCAUCUGUCUUCACCUGUGAAUUUUACUGACUAUAUACAACCAGUCUGCCUGGCCGCAGCAGGCAGCACGUUCUUUAGCGGCACAUCAAGCUGGGUCACCGGAUGGGGAGAUAUUGGCGUUAAUGUUCCCCUGCCUUCACCACAAACUCUUCAAGAAGUAAAUGUGCCUGUCAUUGGAAACAGAAAGUGCAACUGCCUUUAUAACAAUGAUAUCACAAACAACAUGAUCUGUGCUGGACUAGCACAAGGGGGGAAAGACUCCUGCCAGGGUGACUCCGGUGGACCAAUGGUAAGCAAACAGAACUCAGUCUGGAUCCAGUCUGGGAUCGUAAGCUUUGGCAUAGGAUGUGCUCAAGCUCAGUUUCCUGGUGUGUAUACCCGAGUUUCUCAGUACCAGAGUUGGAUCAACCAGCAUAUCACCACCAACCAGCCAGGAUUCAUUUCGUUUACCUCCAAUGGUACUGACAGUGACCUAAGUGUGAGCUGUGCCAGUGUACCCGCCAUUCAGUCAACUGCUGCAUCUAUAAUUGCCACGACCCCUGCACCUGUGGUGUGUGGAAUGGCCAAACUGAACACCCUUGUUGGAGGAGGUAACUCACUCGCAUCCUCUGGCACGUGGCCUUGGAUGGCCAGUCUACAAUUUAACGGCAGUCACGUCUGCGGAGGAACGAUGGUUGCCGAGCGGUUUGUCAUGACCACUGCCAGCUGUUUUUCCAGAUCAACAAAUUCCUCCCAGUGGACUGUGAUCCUGGGCCGUCUGAAUCAGAACAGUUCCACUCCCAAUGAGGUCUCUGUAAAAGUCACCAACAUCACCAUCAGCAAUUUGACAGGUGACAACAUUGCUGUCGUGCAGCUGGCCAGCGCACCAAAACUCUCAAAUUAUAUUCAACCGAUAUGUGUGGACCUGGGAGGUACUUCCUUCAAUAUUAAUGCUACAUGCUGGACGGCAGGCUGGGGCUCAGGAUCAGUUACCCAAACCCUUCAACAAAUCCAAACCACUGUUGUGAAUUGUGGGAACUCAUCUUCAAACAGCAGUAUUUGUACAACUGCCAUGAACUUACAGGAGGGUUAUCAGGGAGGUCCUCUGAUGUGUAAGCAAGGUCUGUCAUGGAUCCAGGCUGCUGUUGUGACGAUACAAAGCAACAGCACUAACACAAGCGUCAGUAACUCCACAGCAGCGAGCCGGUCCGUUCGCGCCCAAGAUAUCCAGGUCUUCACUAAAACCUCAAGCUAUUCAUCAUUCCUGACGUCUGUGGUGGGUUCUUUCCCCCCAAAACAAACAAACAGCACAAGUGCAGCUGUAGGAAGCACCCCGAAUUCCUCCACCAGCAGCGGCUGGGACACAAAGACACAGUUAUCUGACUGGGAUGGCUCUCACCUCUUCGCUGGCUACAGCUCCCGGCAGCGGCUGGGACACAAAGACACAGUUAAUCUGACUUGGAUGGCUCUCACCUCUUCGCUGGCUACAGCUCCCGGCAGCGGCUGGGACACAAAGACACAGCAGCGGCUGGGACACAAAGACACAGUUAAUCUGACUUGGAUGGCUCUCACCUCUUCGCUAGGUGCCACGGAUUAG